UUCAUAAAACCAAACACAUAUAAAAGCUUCCAUUGUGUAUCAUUGUGUAUUUCUCUCUUUGCUACCAUAAACCAAUCACCAAACCUCAUUCCAACCCAAACUUCCAAACCAAGAACCCAUGUCCCCGAUUCGUCGCCCUCGUGUCGUAGUCAAUGGAGUUCAGAGAAUGAGAACCUACCAUUACUAUUGGUGCCACCAAUGCCGACGAACGGUCAGGAUUAUUGCUUCUACAAACCCCUACCAAGUUUCGUGUCCUCGUUGCCUGGGCCCACUCCGCCAGGAGCUCGAUGUCUCGAGGCCUCAGCUCCUGGCAGAUGUUACCAGGCCAGAACUCGAACCAUCCCCGGCUGCAAGCUUACUGGGCACCUUGGCUCAAAUUCUCAACCAACCAACAAUGCUGCAAAUUACUAACCCUGAUGGGAGAAUCCAAAGGGACCGAGAAAAUGAAAAUGGUGAUGGUGGUGGCCAAGCUUGGAUCAUUCUCCAAUUUCUCAACCCUACUGAUCAUUCUUUACCAAGACUUGGCUCCCCAGAUGAAACUGUUGCUCCUCAGGCCACUACUAAUAAUCCAUGGGAGGUCUCUAAUGGUGAUAGAUUUGAAGAGUUGGUGCCGCCAGGGCCGACUCGAGGGCCUCCUCCAGCACCCAUUUCAGCCAUUGAAUCUUUACCUAGUGUGAAACUCACACCGGCUCAUUUAGCAGACGAGUCGCAUUGUCCGGUUUGCAGGGAAGAGUUUGAGGUUGGUGGAGAAGUAAGAGUGAUGCCCUGCAAACACGUCUACCAUUCGGAUUGCAUUGUUCCGUGGCUUCGCCUUCACAAUUCAUGCCCAGUUUGUAGGUGCGAGUUACAAGUUGCUGCUGCUUCAGCUUCCUCUAACAAUGGUGGUGUUCAAUAUGAUGAUAAUGGUGCUGAGGCUUUUCAAGAGGUCAGGAACAGAUUGAAUGGGUGGUGGACUCAGUUGUUCUCUUUGUGGCCUAUUCGUCGACUGUCAAAUUGGGUGUUUGAUGACCUUAAUUUACAAGAGGAUGGAGGUACCCCCUGGUGGAGCUCUUGGCUCAUUCUGUAGGCCAGUAGUGCCAACUCUUCUUGGCUCAUUCUGUAGGCCAGUAGUGCCAACUCUUCUUGGCUCAUUCUAAAGUGGGUGAUUACAAUAUUUUAGCUAGCUAUAGAUUUGUGUUUGAGUUUCUUUGGAUCAGGCAGGUAAGUAUUUCUUAUGACUAAUUUCAAGAGGUAACACUAAUUUUAAAAGGCUAGCAGGUACAUUUUAUAUGGCACUAAAAGUGCUGCACUUAACCUUUGUUUGUAUGACGAUGGGUUUUUACUUUUUCCUAAUUGUUCUGUUCUGUUCUGUUCUGUUCUCUUUUGCAGCUGAUGAACACAACUUGUGCAAUGGUUUUUGUUUUGCUUUUCCACAAGUAAUCUAGGAAAAUAACAGAGUGGUUAAAAAAGUUGGCUUUGGCUUCACAAGCUCACCUUUCUGAAUUGUUCGAGAUCUUUGGCAAAGCUAGUAACAGAGUCAGGAUCGUAUUUAUAGUUCCCUCAUUAAAUAAAUAAAUAACCACUAAUGUACCUAAAAUAAAACAAACAAAAUUCAGUAAAAAAAUAUAUGAGAAUUCUCUCAUUUUCUCUAUUUAUUUAUUUUUUUAAUUUCUCAUCAAAUCUUUUAAUCAAAAUAAAAUUCGAUUAUUUUCUCAUAAAAUCUCUUGAUCCAAACCGGGUUAGUUGAAGUUGGAGUUAAUUCUUCCUCUAAAUUCGAAAUUUUAUGAUUCUUUUCACAAAAUUUUAAAAUAAAUUAACUGUGUAGUAAUAAGAGUAUGUAGUUGAAAAUAAAUAACCACAAACCACCCAAUUAAGAAAAGAAAAGAAAAAGAAAAAGAAAAACAGGGCUACUAACGAGUUCUGGCCUUUGAAAACUCCCCACACUUUCUCUCUCACUGUGCUGCUGCUGUGGAGAGAGGGAGAGGGAGAGAGAGAGAGAGAGAUGA